GAUGGGAAGGCAUUGCCCGGGCCCAGUGCUCUAUCAGUAGGUGCUGCUGCCUGCUCCAGAGGCUCUACGCGGUGGCUACCCAGGCUUCCCCGAGUGGACGCCGGGGCCGAGCGGCGCCCGCUUUCCUCAGCUGUGACUCUUUUGGACAACACAUGAUAUAUAUUACUGUGCCAAGUUUCUGCAAAUAAAAGAUGGGUGGAUUAUUUUCUCGAUGGAGGGCAAGACCUUCAACAGUAGAAGUUCUAGAAAAUAUAGAUAAGGAAAUUCAAGCAUUGGAAGAAUUUAGAGAAAAAAAUCAGAGAUUGCAAAAAUUAUGGGUUGGAAGAUUAAUUAUCUAUUCUUCAAUUCUUUAUCUGUUUACAUGUUUAAUUGUAUACUUGUGGUAUCUGCCUGAUGAAUUUACAGCAAGACUUGUCAUGACACUCCCAUUUUUUGCUUUUCCUUUGAUCAUCUGGACAUUAAGAACUGUGCUUAUUUUCUUCUUUUCCAAGAGAACGGAGAGAAAUAAUGAAGCAUUGGAUGAUUUAAAAUCCCAGAAGAAAAAGAUACUUGAAGAAGUCAUGGAAAAAGAAACCUAUAAGACAGCUAAGUUAAUUCUUGAAAGGUUUGAUCCAGACUCAAAGAAAGCAAAGGAGUUUGAGCCUCCAUCUGCCGGAGCAGCUGUAACUGCAAAGCCAGGACAAGAGAUUCGUCAGCGAACUGCAGCUCAAAGAAACCUUUCUCCAGCACCAGCAAGCUCUAAUCAGGGUCCUCCUCCACAAGUUCCAGUAUCUCCUGGGCCAGCAAAGGACGCUUCAGCUCCUGGGGGACCGCCAGAAAGGACUGUUGCUCCAGUCUUCCCCAGGCGCCUCGGAUCCCCUGCUACUUCAGUUCCUGGAAUGGGCCUUCAUCCUCCAGGUCCACCUUUAGCAAGACCCAUUCUCCCCAGAGAACGAGGUGCUCUGGAUAGAAUUGUUGAAUAUUUAGUUGGUGAUGGUCCACAGAACAGGUAUGCCCUCAUAUGUCAGCAGUGUUUUUCUCACAAUGGCAUGGCUUUGAAGGAAGAAUUUGAAUACAUUGCUUUUCGGUGUGCCUACUGUUUUUUCUUGAAUCCUGCAAGAAAAACGAGACCUCAAGCUCCACGGCUUCCAGAGUUUAAUUUUGAGAAGAGGCAGGCAGUGGAAGGCUCAAGUUCACCUGGUCCCAUGUUACUAGAAAGUGUACCCUCACCAGAAAGCCAGCUUACCGAAGGAGGAACAAUACCUCAGAUGGCUCAUUUUCUAUCUGAAAUCUCCGGAAUGAAGUCUAACUGGCUCAAAGUGAACCCCAGUAAGACUCUUUAGAAGAACAAGAUGUUUUUGAUAAUAGUACUGAGCAGAGAGAUGACAAAAUACCAGUUACAGAGCAGACAAGCCAAGUGAUUGAAAAAACAUCUGGUCCAGAGGAGCCAGAAGAGAACCAAGAAGAGACAGAGAACGAGGAAACAUCAACAAGUGAAGCCAAGUCACCUGUUCUCAGAGCUGAUUCUGUAUCUAAUCUUGAACCAAGUGAAGAAUCUUUGGUGACAAAGUAGUAAAUCCUUCCAUGUGCCUUCAACUGGAUAUUUGUAGUCUUGUUGAUGUCAGUUACUGCUUUUUUUGUGGUACUCAAGAAAAAUUUGCCUUCUAGAUGUACGCUUAAUGUUAUUUAUAUUCAGAUUGCCCAGCAAGUUCAGUGUAUCCAAGCCCUACCACUAGGUACUGAAAGUAAAAGCACGUGGUAUCAGUUAAUAUGCAGAGACAUAGCUGUUAGAUACUUUGUGCAUUCUAAAGUUUAAAAAAAAUUGUUUUCUACAUGUAUAACUUGUAAAUAAUACCCAUUUUGACAUAGGAAUAAAUUUGGCUAGGAAUAAUUUCUUCCAUAGUGUUUAACAAUUGAAACAUAAUUAAGAUUUUGAAUACUUCAUCAUUAAAUUUUAACUUUGGAGAUAUUUGCCAGUGGGAAGGAAAUAUCUAUUUAGGUGUUUACAUUAAGUGAUGCUGAAAGCUGUAACCUUAAUUACAUAUGCAUUGGUACGAAUUCUCAGUAAGAAUGCAACUAAACAGUCAAGUGCAGUAUUUCUUUUGAUGUCUUUUAUUUUACAACUGGGCCAAAGGCACAUGAUGUAUAUAGUUAGUUUAUGUUUACAUAUUAAUAGGAAAUACAUCUGCACUUGACUGUACUUGAAUUCUUGGUAUUUAUAUUUGUAAUAUAAUGAUGAUAUAGAAAUGGUUUUCUUUUGUGUGUGUGUGUUUUGUUAAGGAAAAUAAAGAUGACCUAGAAGCGUUUUUUUCUUUGUUAAAUAUCUAGACUUCUUCACAUAGUGUCUUGAUGGAUGACUUGGCUAUCUGAAAAAAAAAUCUUGGUAGGGAGAACUCACUGUAUAAUAAAUAUAUAGCAAAUUAUGAUGUUUUUCUUUUCAUUUAGACUUUCAAAAUCAGUGACAUAAGAGGUUUAGUGUUUCUAACCAGAAGUGAAAUUGUUCUGAUUUUGAAACAUAUUAAGCUAUAGGUAGUUUUUAACUUUGAGAAACAAAUAAAUGCAUUUUUAAAGACAAGGCAGUUAAAUUUAAUGAAACUCACUAGAUUGAAUAUAUUUACCAAGCAUCAGGUGGGAAGAUUUUUUUGAUGUAGACUAGUUAUUUUUAAACACAAUAUGAUAAUUUGUUCUAGUUUUCUUUUAUGUAUCUUAUAUUGAAACAACUGAAGUGAAUUUACAUCAUGAGGGAGACAUGUUACGAUAGUGUGUCUGGCUAAUCUUUUGGCUAUUGAAUGUUUAUUUAAACUAAAUAUGCAUAUUAUCAUUUAAAGGUUUAUAUUUAUGAUUUAAUACCUCAUCUGACAUAUAUAUAUAAAAGAACCAGUUUGUUCAUAUUCUGAGUCAUUUUAGUUUAGUGCCUGUAAAUUCAAGCAUGUGGAACUGGACUUGAAUGUCAGCUUUGCAAUCUUGGACAUUUUACUUAACCUCUCUGCAUUUAUUUAAUCUGUAAAAUGAAAAGAAUAAUAUGUUUUCCAUAGGUACUAGGAAGUUAAAAAUAAUUUAUAUGUUAUACCUAGCUUUCUUGCUAGAUAAUUAAUAGAUAUUAGAUUACAUGGUAGAAUUUAUUACUAUUAUUAUUGAAACCUUUGUGACAUAUAGAAGGGCCAUAGAUCCUUUUUUGGUAGACAAUGAAAUUAAAGAAAACUAUGAACAUUCAAUUCAGUUGCUCUGAACAGAAGUUUUCUGCAUUAAUGUCAUAUGCACAUGUCAGUGAUAGAGUAAAGAAAUGGAGAACUGAAACUAGAAUAUAAUCUUUUAUAAAAAGAUGUGUUUAUUUUUAUUUUAUGAGUAUAAAUGUUUGACUUGCACAAAUGUCUGUGUCCCACGUGUCUUGACAGGUUCUGUAGAGGUCAGAUACCUGGGUUAUUUGAGAAGAUAGUUACAGAUGGCAGUGAGCAGCCGCAUAGGGGCUAGGGAUCAAACUUAGCUGCAAGAGCAGGAAGAACCCCUUAGCCACUAAGCCAUUUCUCCAGCUUCAUAGAACCUUUUUUGUUUGUAAAUUUUACAAGUUGUGUGUGUGUGUGUGUGUGUGUGUGUGUGUGUUAGUAGCACCUUGUUGAGUCUUGUUAAAAACAUCUGAUGUGCACUUUUCAAAAAUGAGUACCUCAGAGAAAUGGGAUUUAAUGAUGAAACCAACAAAAUAUAAAAACAUCCCCCCAAGAGGGAUAUAAAGGGGGAGCUAGAGAGGUGUCUCAGUGCUAAGAAUGAGAACUGCUCUUACAGAAUGCCAGAGUUUGCUUUUCAGCUCCCAGCUUGGGUGGCUCGCUUCCUCCUGUAGCUUCAGGUCCACCAGAUGUGAUGCUCUAAACCUGGCCUCCUAGGACACAAGCCUAAUGUGCACUCUCUUCCCCACAGUUACACAUAAUUAAAAAUCUAAAUCUUAAAAGGAGCUUAAUAAAAUAACACAACAGAUAGGUAAUUGUUGGUGUAUUUUAAAACAGAAAAUCUUAUUCUGAUGUUAUAGUAGACGAUGGCUGAAGUGAAUGAGACUCCACAUUUCUGAUUAUUAAGAUAAGUGUAAAUGAGGGAGAACUUCCCUGUUCACAAAUGCUCAGCAUGUUGUUGCUUUAGGUCCCUCUCACUGAGUCCUCAGUGUGGCCUGCAGACAGGGCUUCGCUUCUCUGUCUGCCCACACCCUUCUGUCUCAGUGCUGUGGCUGUGCUUUGCCCUUUCUACCUCAGGGGUCAGCUUAGUUUUUUUAAGAGAUAGACUCCCCUUCUCCCUGUCUGAAGUCAGCCCUCUGCCUUUUAGUCCUGUAUCGGUUCGCUUUGUCUUCGCUUUUAAUUCUCACUGCAGGAUAUUUUGUUUUCUUAUCAACUGUCUUCACAAUUUGCUUCCCUUCUAUCUAUAUGCAGAGAGCCUAGCAGUGCCACUCAUUUAUCAUGUGAAUAAUGUGCCAAAUCCAGGGACUACUCAGUAUUUAGCUCAUGCUCUUGUUUGGCAGAUUGACUCGGCUGAAUGUUCCUUUUCUUUGAGACACCUUUAUCCUGUAGGUUCUGGAUAUGCACUACCAUUACCUUCUCUGGCUUCUUGUUUUCAGCAUCCUUUGACGACUUCUCUGCCAUCUUUAAAUGUUGAAGCUCUCUGGCUUCCACUUAUUGUCAGCUCAUAUUCUGUGCACUCAUUCUCUGAGAGCUUUCAUCAAGCCCAGAGAUGUAAUAAUUACUGUCUGUCUAUGAAUAUUAGAUCUCUAGCUUUGUCAGAAGCAGCCUUGCUUGUACAGUGAAGGCCUAAAUCAUCAAUAGGCCUAAGUCAGCCAUACAUGCUUGCUAACACAAAGUCUAGGUCUCUGAAAAAACACUGACUCUAAAGCAGAUAAGCUAUAAGAUCUUGUAAACAGGCAGCCUUGGUGGAAAUUUACUAGCCUGGAUAAGAACUAGUUGUCAUAGACCUUGUGGACAGGUAGCCUUGGUGAAAAGUACCAGUUUAAGAAACAAGUGAAUCAUAGAGUCAUAGUGGCCUGUUUCCUGAACCUUCACCCAGCCGAUACCCUGUUCUGGAAGAUAUCUGUACUCCCCCUGAACACCUAUGUUCCUGCAUCAUCCCCUUCCCCACAUCCUGCCUCUAUGUGUAUAUAACCCCUGUGUGAAAAAGUUAAAAUUAUGGUUUGAUCAGAAAAAGCUAUAGAAAAGCCAUGGUUGUGUUUGCCUGUUUCCCCCAUUCAUUCUCUUUCAGGUGAUCUCCCUGGACCCUGUUUACUGCCCUGCUGGACGGGACAUAGCUUGGUCUGUUUCUUUGGCUUCAUAGCUAUGUAUUUAACCACCUACUACCAUGGCAUUGUGAAGUCAGUAUUUAAAAAAUAUUUUAAAAAGAACACUUGUUCAAACUAGUGUGUCAUUUCACCAAAGAGCAUCAGUAUUCAAGCCAGAAUUUAAAAUAUGUUCUUUCUUUCUGUCUUCAAAGUGUUCAUUCCCAACUUCUUCCCCAUGUCCCCAGUAGAAUAUUGCAGUAUAGCCCAGCUUGGUCUUGACUCUGUGACCCAGAUUCCUGGGUGCUUGGAAUCAUUCCCAUGAACUGCGGUGCCUUGCUCUCCUCUGAACAUUUUACAUUUUUAUUAUUUUUCCAUUUCAUUUGAAUUCUAUUAAUAAUAAAUCAGCAUUGUUUCAGCAAACAACAUGCUGCCUGCUGUAGAUAUGUGUGUUUUGUUUUUUUUGGGGGGGGAAACAGUCCUGUGGAGAUUUUGUAUCUUAAGUAUGGAAAUGAAACAAGAUGUAGGGAGAAUAAGCAGCUUUCUCAGAGGCCUAUAUUGGCACGUAGAAGGUCUGAGAUCUGAUUGUAAGCAGAUGACAUGAUGACUUUCCUUUUAGUCUUUGGCAUUAAACCCACAGCCUCAUACAUGCUAAGCUCUGCUCUUCUGCGGAACUGUUUUUCAGCUCCCAAAGCCUUACUGUUUGUUAAUCAUCAUUGUUUGCUUUCUAAUUCCUGCCUCUGUCAGCUCAGGGCGUGAAAGCCACCUUUUAAAUUGGUUCCUCUAUCUCCAAUCAUGCUGCCUUCCUAGCCAUUCUGUGCAGUGUGUCCUCAGACCUUUGUGGCUGUCUUCAGUGUUUUUAUGUUUGAGAGGGGGUCUGAGUCACUGGAUUGACUGAUAAAGUCCGGUGCAGCUGUCUUCCUAGUUGGCUCUCACAUUUUUUUUUUUUUUUUGCAUUACAACUAGUCACUGCUUCCUCCCCUUCACUGCACACAUACUUUCAGUAUACAUAGGUUAUUUUUAGUGCUGCAUAUAUGCAAAGUUUCUUCUAGUCACCUACAUUUCUCAAACUGUUCCUCUGAAAUACCUCCUGUUUAUGUAGCUACUGAAGAAGCUCAUAUGUAGCUGUUGGAUUGGAGUAGCACCACUUGGAACCCAAGGUUGGAAACUUUAUUUAUUAAACUAUGGGUUUUUCAUCAUGUACUCAUUGUGCACACACACACCUUCACAGUAGAAUAAGUCUGUAGCUCUGUGUGUGUGUGUGUGUCUGUGUGUAAGAUGAGGGGAGGGAGGGACAGAAAGAGGGAGGAGAGAUUUUUAAUUAUGUAAUGAUUGUCAUUAAGUAAUAUAUGCUGAGUUCCAGAAUGAUGAUUGUCAGUUUUAGGUCAGGGAUAGUGGGCAUCUGAGCCAAGUCAGAUUUAAUGAAGGACUAUUUAUAUUGAACCACAUUUUUUCACUGUUUCAAUAUUAAUAAGUUUAUGAUUUCUUUAACAGCUUUAUUUCUGUUUCCAAUUCACAGUACCUACCUUAAUUACCAUAUAACAUGUUAGCUUUUUGUGUGUAUCACUUGAAGGGUAGACUGAGGCAGACAGCUGUUUUGAGUGGUUGUGGGCAAUGGAACUGCUCUAGGAAGUUAGCAAAAAAAAUGUUUCUAUGUGGUAUAAAAAUUGUAGAAGACAUUAGGUACAGUUCACAAAUGAAAGAACUAUCAAAAAACAAUUCAAGUACCAAGUAAUGAUGAAUCAGUGUAGAAAUGGUUAUGAAUUGAGACCUUUUAUAAUUUGACUUAUUUCAAGUUUAUUAAAUUUCUAAGUAUUUUAAUACUACUGGCCAACAGAUAAAAUAAAAAUAUUCUGAAUUUAGACUGUUAUAAAUAUGGAAAAGUUGUCUUUGAAACAAUAAAAAUUAAAAUAAGUACCAAAUUAAAACCUUAGUGAAUUGCAUCAAUCCAUAGGC